AUGCUGGGCACCGGCAAGAAGGACCGCAGGCAGCCCGCCCGUGCCGCCCAGCCCGCCGCCGUCCUUGCCGACUCCGAGUACGUCGCCCGCCGCAUCAAGCGCCACCUCGCCGACCUCGAGCGCACAAACUACACCGAGCCCACCACCGGGCCAACCGCCUACGGCGACGCCGACGACGACCACAAGGGCCCGAGCCAGCUCGCAAAGGACAGCUCGGGCGACCAGAAGAAGAAGAAGACCAUGGCCGUCCGCACCCUCCUCAUGUACCGCAAGAACCUCGCCGCCCUCGUCGCCGAAUCCGACCUCCCCUCGCCGCACGAGUCCAAGCAGCCCUCGUACCUGACGGCCGCCGCACCUCCCCCUGCCCGCCCGCCGCUCCGCCUGUGCUCCGUCUGCGGGUACAAGCCGCGGUACGCGUGCCUCAGGUGCGGCUUGCCAUACUGCGACGUCGGGUGCCGCCAGACGCACGACGAGAGUCGGUGCGAGAGGCGCUGA